AAUCAGCCACAAGAGCUGCGCCACUAUCGUUUUGAAAUUCCACGCAUGUUCGCAAAGUCCGGAAACAGCAAAAUACCGGCUGUUAUGCUGUUAUCCGUCACAAGCAAGCCGCGAUUUUCUCGACCGGAUUCUGUUUUUUGUUUAUACACAACAGAGCGUCUUCGGGAAAUAGAUUCUGACUCGGAUAUAGAUAAAAUUUCAUUGUUAGAAUUUCAAACCAGGAGAACGGUUAUUUUCAGCGAUCGCAAGGAAAAUUUUGAAGAAGAAUAGACCAAUGAAUAAAUAAUUUGUUUUCGGAUUGUAGGAAACCGCGCAUAUAUAAAUGCCACCAAAGUGUAAAUUCCAAGAAGGCGAGAAAGUUCUAUGCUUUCAUGGACCACUCAUCUACGAAGCAAAGUGUUUAAAAUCAUCUAUUGUAAAGGAAAAACAAAUAAAGUAUCUCAUUCACUACGCCGGAUGGAAUAAAAACUGGGACGAGUGGGUGCCCGAAAGUCGUGUUCUAAAGUACAACGAAUCUAACGUCCAGAAGCAGCGAGAGGUCCAAAAAGCACAUUCCAAUCAACAACCUACUCAGCGAAAUAAAAAAAGUGCAACUGCUACCAAGAGUCAGGGAAGAAGAAGCGAGGGAGGCAAAGAAAAAGAUACGGAUAGCAGAGCUAGCACACCUGUCGGUUCGUCCGAAAGACUUCCAGGACGUAUCGGCAAAACUCCUGUUGGAACACUUACCCCUUCUUCGUCAUCCCAAGAUGGCUCUGUUGAUGCAACCCGCAAAAAACGAAGUAGUCGUCUGGAGACGGCAGGUGAUUCGGAUGAUUAUCUUGCCAAGGUUGAAUUCAAGAUCAAAAUAUCGGAUGAUCUAAAAGGAUUUCUCGUCGACGAGUGCGAUACAAUUACAAAGCAGAACAAAUUUGCCUCUCUCCCUAUGAGAUUUACAGUUGAUAAAAUAUUGAACGAUUAUGUUGACUCUAAGGGAGGAACAGGCAAGACUUCAUCCAACGACAGGGACAGUGCAUUGGAAGUAACAAAAGGCAUAAGAGAAUACUUCAAUAUUGCUUUAAGCCUUCAAUUGUUGUACAAAUGCGAGCGAACACAGUAUGAAGAAGUUGUCAAUGAAAAUCCGGACAGUUUGCCGAGUCAAUUAUACGGAGCAUUUCAUUUACUCAGGCUAUUCGUGAAAUUGGGAGGAAUGUUAUCCUAUACGACUCUUGAUGAACGAAGCAUUCAAAUGCUGUUGGCCCAUUUUCAAGACUUUCUUCAAUACCUUCAGAAAAAUAGUCCUCUUCUAUUUGAUCUCAAUCGAGAUUAUGUACAAAUUGGCUCCUAGCAUAAAAAUCAUUUGAGUAAUUAUGCUACAAUAAGUACAGAAUUGUAAUAAUUGAAAAAAAAAAAACAGUAUUAUUUUGGACGCUUACGGUAAGAUUUGCUAGGUGUAUAAAAAUCUGUAAUAAAUUAAUUUUGAAUAUAUA